AUGACGGCAUCAAGUAGUAUGAGAUUUGGUCCUGAAUGGAUGCGUCAAGGGCCACAUAAUAAUGUAUCAGAAGAAGGGUUUACUCCCUCUGGAAUACCUCAAAAUAAGCAACGUAAUGUAAAGAAUCCUCAAGAACAUUCAUCUUAUUCAUCUAUUCUUUCUUUAUCAUCUCAGCCUAAUAAUUCAUCUGAACCAUCCUUAACACCAUUAUCAGGUUCAUUGAGAUACAGCAAAGAGUUUUUGUUGUCUAUAUGGAAGGAUAUGUUAAUGUCGGAGAAUGGGAUUCCAAAACCAAUGGAACUUAAUCAAUUUUCUCAAGUAUCAAGUGAUGAAAUUAUAUUUCCUGUAUCAUUAUCAGAGAUGAAUGAAGAUGAAAAAAAACUUUUCACAGGACCUGUUAAUAGCGAACAAAAAAGAAGAGCUAAUGAUUCAAUGAAUAAUUCUGUAUAUGGAACUACACGUUCUUAUAUGGGUCGUGUUUAUUCACCCCGUAAUGAACGUUUUCCAAAUAAUUCUCGGCUUGAUAAUCAGAAAGUACGAAGUAAAGAUAUAGGAGGAAAUUUUAAAAAUUUGAAUGUUCAAAAAUCUCGUGAUUGUUUUUUUAACACUUUUGGUACCGAACUUUGGACUUCACCGAACUUACAAUUGAAUUCUGAAACACCUGAAAAUAAUACUUUUUCUAAUGAAAAUGAUGAAAUUAUUCCAUCUUCUACAGAAGCUAAAAAUUCUGAGCUUGAGAAUCUACAUAAAAAAGAAAAUGAGAAUAAACCUAUAGUUAAAAGUAUUCCUGAAUCAUCUAUUCCACAAAUUAAUACUCAUUUUCUACCAUCUAAUGUUAUUAAUCCAUCUAUAGAGAAUAUAGGAUCUGUUUCUGGAAGAAACGUUUCAAGAUUACAGGCAUUAGGUAUGUUUGAUUCUCAAAAAUUUGCAAAAGUUUCAUCUCCUGUUUCAGCAACAUCUUCAUCUUCUUUUCAACAUGACGAUUCAGAUGAUAUUUUGAAAAAAGUAUCAGGACAUAUUUCUGAAAAUAAAGAUGAUAAAACACUUGAAGAUCUUCAAAACAAAUUUAACACUGAUUUGGAUAUUAAUAAGCCUUUGGAAAACAUACAAAAAGAAAAGACACCGUUUUUGGGAUUAUUUAGUCCAUCAAAUUCUACGUUUUUGAAUCAAAAUAAUAAAAAUGAGAAAUUUUAUGAGCAUUCUAUUUCUCAACAGUCUAGUUUUUCCCAACCAUCAUUGUUACAACCUCAGCCUUCUAGAAUAGCAACUAUGCCUAACAAAUUAAAUUGGCUUUAUAAAGAUCCUAUGGGUGUUAUACAGGGUCCUUUUUCUGCUUUAAAAAUGCAAGAUUGGUACAAAGCUGGUUUUUUUCAGCCUACGUUACUUGUAAAACAAAUAGAUGAUGAAGAUUUUGAACCUUUAAGCUCGCUAGUAAGACGUGUUGGGAAUCAGAAAGAGCCCUUUUUAUUAGCUUUUCCUAAUAAAACACAAACACAAAUAACUCCGACAAGAAGUUUUUGUAAUCCAAUAGAUGGAUGGAACUCACCUGGAUUAGGAUCUAAUUUAGAAUCUCAAACACCUAUAUGCGUCGAUUUUGAUCAUGUGGGUUCUGUAGCACCAGCAGUUCCUACAAUUCCAGGAUGGAAUCACCAAUCAUCUUUUUCUCAUCCAUUUUUUUACGGGUCUAGUUUAGCUGUAGAGCAGCGAAAUGUACCAGAACAUAGGAAACAAGAAGAACAAUCUUUAGCACAUCAUAAAAAGGACUUAUUUCAACAACAACAGUUGACGCAAUUUGCAAUUCAACGUCAAAGAUACCAAUUUCAGAAACAGACUCAAAAUCAUCCAGAAAAACGAAUGCAAAUGAAUUUUUUGAGACAACAAGAAGCAUUUCCAAUAAAAUCGUUAAAAAAUAAUGUUUCUGAAUCUAUAGCGAGAAAUAAAUUUUUGAAUGAAGAAAAAAUAUCUAGAGUCGAUAAAGAAUCUUCUGAAUUUAUUCCUAAUUUUAGCAAAACAGUUCAAGAAAAGCUAGUAGACGUAAAUAAUGCGUCUCCUAUUUUCAAUAUUGGACAAAGGGAUUUAUUAAAUUUCACUGAAAAUCCAUUAGAAGCUGUGUUUUCAAAAUCAGAAGCAAUCCGAACUAAUGAUACUGCUAAUGUACAAAAACAACAAUUAAAGAAAGAUGUAGAAUAUUUAGAAUCACCAAAUACUAAUCAAGUAUUAAAACAUUCUUUAAUAAAACAAAAUACGGAAUCUCAAAAAACUCAUACACAUUCUAUUGCACCGUGGGCUAAUGCUUUAGAUAAUAUAAAGAAUAUUUCUUUGCGUGAAAUUCAAGAAUCAGAAGUAAGAAAUUCUCAGAAUCGCGUGCAAGAAAUACCUGUAAAUCAAGAAUAUUCUAAAAAAGUUAAUUCUACUAAAAAAGAAAUGCAUGUUAUUUCUACUAAUCUCCCAGAAACAGCAACAUGGGGAUUUUCAAGUAGCAUACAGGAAAGCUCGCCUGUUUCUGCAUUAAAUCAUAAUACAGGAUGCGUAUGGCAGUCACCUAAUAUUCCUUUUAGAAAAAAAACAUUUGCCGAAAUACAACAUGAAGAAGAGUUAGCACAAAAUGUAAAAGUAAAUAAACUUCAUGAACAAAUUACUACAAAUACUAUCUCUGCAUCAUUACCUACUAGAAACUAUAUUAAUUCGUUUAAAAAACCAGCUCAGACACCUUGGAUAACUGUUGGCCCUGAUGGACGACCUAUUUCACGUUCAACUAUUACAACAUCUUCGCGCAUAGGCACUGAAAUAUCUGCAUCAAAAGCAGGAAAUUUGGAUCAUAACCAAAAGAAACCGAACGUUCUCAAAUUUAACAGCAUAUCAUCUACUAAUCAAUCUUCUAAUUUAACUAAUUCUAAUAUUUCAGAAAAUACUACAAAAAGCGGCUCAAACGAUUUUCUUAAUUGGUGCAAGAUGUCUCUUAAGGCAUUAAAUCCAGGGAUCAAUUCUGAUGAUUUCCUUCAAAUGCUUAUGUCACUUCCAGUGGAGCCUAAUCGAGAAACUAUUGAAAUUAUUUCAGAUAGUAUAUAUGCCAAUAGUGCAAUUCUCGAUGGACGUCGUUUUGCAGAGGAAUUUAUUAGACGAAGAUUAGAAAAUAGAUCUUCAGAUAAUGGAAUGCUUGAAAAAAAUACUGGUGUACAAAGUUGGACUGAUGCCUUAAAAUCACAAAAGCAAAAAGAGCUUGAAUGGAAUCCUGUAUUCAAAAUCGUUACGGGAAAAAGAAAACAAAAAGAAAAAUUAGAAUUAAAAAAUAUGUAA